AUGCGACUCUCACAAUCAGAUCUACUAUUAUUUCGGCCAACAGAACAUACAUAUAUCAUUCAUGAUCACUCUAUUCUUAACCGUUGGUUUGUGGAACGGGCCUACAAGGCCCGCUCCAUCAAGAUGGUUGAAUACGAACAGCCAAUCCCACAUUGUGUGGUCUACUUUAAUUUGAAACGUGACGUGUGUGCAAGUUUAUCUCCAUCGGGGAUGGUUAAAUCUGAAGCAUUUAACUUGGGUAGUCACCGUGAUCACUGGUUUUGCUUAGUGGCCCGAUGUAACACGGACUGUUUCGGGCUUUAUCUGGGUAUGCUGGACGAUGACCAGCGCCCGCUGUCAGUUCGUUUUGCAUUUGAGUAUGAGUUUGCAGCAAUGUCAAAGCGCACUAACGAGUUUGUUAGCAGGAGGAAAGGACUUUGUACAUUCAGCUAUAAAUGGGCAAUUGGGAUCCACAAUAUGUUUGCAAUUCCGUGGACUUCGUUUAUUGGAGAAGACAGCGUUUAUUUCGUUGAUGGUGUUCUUCAUCUUAGGGCUGAGCUUACUCAGCUUAGCUAAGAUUCGUUGAGAAACUAACAGAAGACAAUCUCUUAGAUUUCAUGUAAUUUUGGUUGAAGAUUAGUAUAUGUGAUUAUUUAUAAGAGAUUAAAUCGUAGACGGAUUUUUGAUUGUGUUGUAUGGUUUUAUGUUAGUUAAAUAAUUAUGGCUACAUGUUAGUAAA